ACUUUCUUACACUUUUUGACAGCGAUAACCUUUACUUUUGUUGCGUGUUUUUGUUAUGCACUUUGAACAUAAUACAAAAUUUCCCAAAUUUAAAUAUAAUAUAAAUAUGAGUUUUCAAUUUAUUUUACGUGAAUAGAUUGAGUGAAAUUACUAUGUGAAUAAGAUUUUUUCUAAUAUUACUUCUCAAGAAAAGAUAAAGAAAAAGAAAUCGCUUCGUUAUUUUUUAAUAUGGCAAAAAGUGCCGAUAAAAGUUUUAAUAAUAAUAAUUAUAAUUUAAGUAAUGGACAAUUAGUUUUGACUAGUUUAGCGGCUGGUGCUAUAGCCGGUGCGGUAGCUAAAACUACGAUAGCUCCUUUGGAUAGAACGAAAAUCAAUUUUCAAGUAGGACAUAAGCCGUAUUCAACUAAAAAAGCUUUCAAAUUUAUUUUAAAAACGUUAAGAACAGAUGGCGUUUUAACGUUAUGGAGAGGAAACAGUGCUACUAUGGCACGAAUAGUACCUCAUGCUGCCAUACAAUUCACAGCUCACGAGCAGUGGAAACGAAUACUCAGGGUGGAUCAGGGAGGGGGAACGCCGGUCAAAUUGUUUUUAGCAGGUUCUUUAGCGGGGGUUACGUCACAAUCGCUCACUUACCCCCUUGAUCUAGCAAGAGCUAGAAUGGCAGUCACAUCUAGGGAGGAAUAUUCGACGUUAAGACAGGUGUUUUUAAAAAUAUAUUACUUUGAAGGGAUAAAAGUAUUUUAUAGAGGAUAUAUCCCGACGAUUCUAGGAGUAAUUCCUUACGCAGGAAUAUCGUUUUUCACUUACGAUACGUUGAAAAGAUUAUAUAGAGAGCACAUAGACAAUGUACAGACGCCGCCUCCCGUAGCAUCAUUGGCGUUCGGUGCGGUGGCGGGUAUGUUGGGUCAAAGUUGUACGUAUCCAUUAGAUAUUGUUAGGAGAAGGAUGCAAACCGACGUUAAUGGAAAAUACAACACAAUAGGAAUGACACUAAAAUAUGUUUAUAAGACUGAAGGUCUGAUAGGGGGUUUAUAUAAAGGACUUUCGAUGAACUGGAUCAAAGGCCCCAUAGCCGUCGGUAUUAGUUUCGCUACGUACGAUAACACCAAAGAUUUUUUACGUAAGCUAUUUUCAAAAUAUAAAACGAAAGUUCUAUACAUAGAAUUGAAAAAAUAAUAUUUUGAGUGUCCUUGAACGACUAUAACUAUAAUAGUUAUGAAGAAUUGUAUCGAUCGAUGAAAAUGAAAAUUUUUAAUUUCAUUCAUUUCGUACCUAAGAGAUCCUUACUAAUAUCUGCACAAUAUUUUGGCGCAAAGAUGAUGAUAGAGGACAUAUAAGAAUGAAAAAUUAGUGUUGAAAGCUUCAACAACAAAUAUAUGAUAAAAAUAAAAAUGAAAUACGAUAAAAAGUAUUAAAGAAAACCAUAAUUAGUGUAAAUUAGAAGAUAUUUGAAUGAAUCGUGUUAUUUUAUGAAAUUUUUAUAAUGAAUUUUCCCACUGAACCUCGUAUAUUACAAACAUUCAAUAAUUCCAUUUCGAAAUAUUUAUUAUUUACUAUUCAUUUAUAUUAUUCAAUUUCAAAAUACUUGAAACAAGAAUUUUUUCGCUGCACCUCGUAUACAUGAAAAAAUUGAGUCAUGUCAAAAUUUUUCCACUGCACGUCGUAUGUAACAAAAGUUUAAUAACUCCAAUUCAAAGUCUUUAAACCCAUUUCGAAACUAUUUUUUAUACUUUUUUUCACUGCAUCUCGUACAUUUCUUGUAUACUGCAAACACUUUUGUAUAUUCCACACACUAAAUCCAUUUCUAAAUUUCUCCAUUGCACUUCGUAUGUGAAGCACUUAAUUAUUCCAUCCAACAACAUCUCAUAUACCCCAAUAAUUUAAUCUAGUGUCAAUUUUUUUAUAAGAAAUUUUUCCAGUGAUCCUCUCAUAUGUCACAAACACUAAUCUUUUCGUUUCAAAGUAAACGAAAAUUUUUCAACAACACUUGAUCCAAACCGGAAUUUUCCAUCAUAAAUUUUUCCAUUGCACCUAGUAUGUCAUAAACACUUAAGGCCGGAUUCAUAAACUUGAUUUGCUGUUCGCGGGUGUAUUUAUAAAUUUGACGUUACUGCCGUUAACCUAAAAAUUUUGUUAUUGUUAUUCUCUUUGAUGUGUGUACCGCUUUUUUCUUUUCGUGAUAUUUUUUUUACUUGUUUAUGUAUUUUGUAUUUAUGGAAGGUAUUGUGGAAAAUAACGAUGACUUUUUUUUAUUGGGAGCAUUAGGCAAAAUCACGUGACAAACGCAAAUGUAUGUGAUUGGCUCUUUUCUAGUGCUACGAACAUCGACGGGAACAUAAAUUUCGCUUAUGUUCGAAGUCACCAACGGCAGACUGCGAUGUCAAACGGCAACUAUAAAUGGUUAUAAAAAUUUCACUGUUUUUAAUUUUAUAACAAAUAUAUCAAACGGAAAGUCAACUUUAUGAAUCGGCCUUUAAAUACACUUGAUAUGUUACAAUUUCUCUCAAAUAUCAAUCAGAUGUCAAAAUUCCCGGAUGCCCAACUAUAUCAGAGGCCACAACGGAGACCAUCAUGACAAUGUCGAAAAGAAGAUUGAAACGUCAUAUUAUAAACAUAAAUAAACACGAUUUUGAAUUAAAAAAAACUAAUAAAACACUUGUAGAUUCUUAUUUAAUAGUUAAAAAUGGCAUUUAACUGACGAUAACAAACAAAAACUCUUAACUAAUAAAAUAAGAGAGAUCAGUGGGAAAUUUUUUCUUUGUAUAUAAAUUAUUUUAUAAAAUAACAAUGUGUUAAGGAUCUACAAUUCUUCUAAUUUCGGGACGCCCUAUUUAGGUAGAAAGGGUGAGAAUGUCAGUAGUUAAAAAUAGUAGUAUUAUAUCCCUUUAAAUUAAGCAAUUGACAAUAUAAUGAUAUUUGACGAUCUAAAAAUUUAUAAACUGUUGAAAUUUAAUAUUAAAUUUUCUAAUCUAUAUAAGACUGUUAGAACUCAAAGUCAAAGGAAAUGAGAAGUUUCGUACUCAUAUUUAUUUGUUAUUACAAAAGUCAAUACAAAAGAACUAACUUCCAUUUUUUAAACUCACUGUAUUUUGAAUUAGUCUUGUAUUUAUGUUCAUCAUACAAACUGACACCACCAGCACGACUAAGCGAGUAACAAAUUGUAUUCCUGGAUAAUCUUUUUGUUACUUGAAUUUUAUUGAUGUACCUGUUACAUACUUAUAACUUUCCUUUUGAAAAUUAUCUGAUUUAUUUCAAAUUGAGCUGAUGAUAUCAGUUCUCAAAUUAUCUGAGAUUUCAUGCAAAAGGAACGCCACUAUUAACAAAUACACUGAUCGACAUGAAUUGAAGUUUAAAUAUUUUUAGGACCAAGUAGGUUUUCUUUUUAUGUUAUUGUUGAUUUUAUUUAGUAUGCCAUCAAAAAAUUUUAAUAUUUUAUUUAAUUUCAGUUAUAAAUUGAAUUUUUUUACUAUAGGAAUUGAAUAUUUGUCUUGCGUUUUAUUAAAAAAAAUUGUUAUUUAUUAAAAUCGAGAAAUAUAUAUUACUUGAAAUUUUAUUUAUUGUUGUCGGAUUGUUAAAACAUUUUUUGUUAAUAAAUAUUUUUUUAUAAA